AUGACCAUGUCCAGUGACGACGCCGUGGAUGUGGCGCGCCCAUUGCCUCCGCACGGGCCAGCCAACAUGAUGUCGACCUACAUGACACGGUAUGACUACGACUACAAUGGCCAUCCGGGCCUGACAGGCAGCGACGACGGCAACGGGAGGAACUUCGAGCCGGGCAUAAGCGGUGACGUGCGCAACCGCCCAAUCUUUGCCUACGGCGUCGACACAGGCGAUCGCGACGACCACACCAUCUACCAGGUCGACUACACCGCCAAAGACCGCUCCGUGAAGAAUAUGGCCGGGCUUGCCGCCAGGCUGACAAGCGCGUCUGUCCCUGCAGCUGCGGCAGCGAUUAGCGACGUGGACAAGGGCACGGCGUACCAACGCCACUGGUACCGCCCCGGAAUCUCCGCUCACAUAGCCUUGGCGGAUGGCAGCCACCCACACACGGUGUACCAGGACGACUACCAGGCCCCCCGGCACGUCGCCGGUGGCGCCGUGAGUGAACCGGUGCGCUACGCAGGCGCCGCUGCUGCGGCCUAUAAUGCAGAUUUGCUGAAGCCGCACGGCGUGGUGGAGGAUGAUGGCGCUGACCUCGCGCCGAAGAUCACGUCAAGGGAGUCUCUUCUGCCACGGAGGCGUAAGUGCCCCAACACGACGUGGUCACCGGUCUUCGAGAACACCACUGACCAUCGCCGUACGUGGAAUGAUUGCGCUCCUGGAGACGGUGUGACAGGCACAUACAUGUGCACCUCAUGGGAGUACGGCGACACGAGCCAGGCUCACCCCUCGCAGCUGCCGCUGAGUCUCGCGCGCAGCCUUGCAGCUCAUGGCCUGGACGUCACCACGAACCUGGACAAGGCGGCGUUGCUGCGCCAGCUUGCCGGGGCGCACUACACCCCGAGGACGGUGCGCAGCUCACUAGGCGGUGUUCCGCUGGACACAAGCGACCGCACGAACCCGCAGUUCCUGUCCACCAUGGAGCAGAAGCGGUGUGCGGUGAGCCGGCGCCUUGAGAAGGAACAUUACGUCACCAUGUCCAUCUACAAGAGCGACUUCAUCGAUCAAGGACUACUGCCAGAGCUGCCCGGCAACCCAGGAGGUCCGGCGAACGUUCGCGACACCCACCCCAGCCCCUUGGCCACUGCAGGGGAGAUGAUGGCUGGCCAGCUGACGAGCACAACGCGCGAGUUGGGAUUGCUGCGCAACGCGCACGGUACCCUCAAGCCCGGCGAGGCACACCCCGCGUCGCGGAUGCGCACAGGUGUGUUGUCAGUGGUGCGCAAAAUGGAGAAGGCGGUCUCGAUCGACAAGGCUGAUCCGCACCGCCACAAACUCCGUGCGUAG